UAGAAAUGCAUUAAUAUAUGAAAACAGUUUACAAGGGAAAUAAACAACAACAAUAUAUAAUCAAAAGACGAAAGGUUGAUGGUGGAAGAAGCUCAAGUCCAAAGCGGUAUUCCCCGAGCAAUUGAUGACGAAGAGAGGGACAACAAUGCCCAUUUAGCCAAUCACCGAAUUAGCAAUUUCCUGUUCUCUGGCUCUCAUCUUCUUCACACCUAAUUUAUUCAGAUACAAAGAGCUUUAUCUUGUCAAAUUGAAUCACAUCACUUAAACAUCUUUUGAGAAUAUCAGGAGAAAUAACUCCAGGCUGAAAAUGUGUACUCCUCAAUGCAUAAUUGAGAAGUGGGAGGUCUAGCCCGUGAUGAAGCGAUCAAAGCAGGGAAAUAUGUUCUUCACUACACGAAGAACCUCGGGGAAGUGCGAGCUAAAAUGAGAGAUCUUGUCGAUCGUAUGGAAAUAACCGAAAGAAAAGUUGGUGAGGCCAAGGAUCGCGGUGAAAAGAUUGAAAAACAUGUUUUGCACUGGCAACAAUACGCGGACAAGUUGAAAAAUGAUAUUGAGCGACUUAUCGAGGAAAGUACUACUAAUGCCAACAUGCGUUGCAUUGCAUGCUCAUGUCCUAACAUCAUGUGGCGGUACAAAUUGAGCAAACAGGUGGAAGAGAAGAUAGGCAAUGCCAAUAAACUCAUUGAGAAAAACGAUAAAUUCAAAGAAAUUUCCCACCCUAGGCCGCGUCCUUCAGGACUUGAAUCUCUAUCCGACAAGAAUUACGUUAACUUUGAUUCUAGAGCAUCAAUUUUCAAGGGUAUUAUGGAUGCAUUAAGAGAUUCAAGCAUUAACAUGAUUGGUGUAUUUGGCCUAGGUGGGGUCGGUAAGACCACAUUAGUCAAGGAGGUGGGGGAACAAAUGCGAAGAGAUGGAACUUUUAAGCAAGUUGCAAUAGCAGUUGUCUCUAAGGAUCUCAACGUGAAGGAAGUACAAUCAAGAUUGGCUGGCAGCUUAAAUUUCAAAUUCAAGGCCAUGGCGGAUGAUCAAGAGGGAAGAGCAAAUGAAUUGUGGAAUAAAUUCACAAACGGGGAUGAAUAUCUCAUCAUAUUAGAUGAUAUAUGGGAAGAAGUGAAAAUGGAGGCAAUAGGUAUUCCUUGCACGAAUUGCAAAGUUGUGUUAACAUCUCGAAAUGAAGAUUUGUUGUCUACCGUAAUGGAAGUCGAUAGAAAUUUCUCAAUCGCAAUACUAUCGAGUGCCGAUGCAUGGACACUAUUCACGAAGAAGGUGGGAAAUUCUAUCCAGUCUCAGCCAGAAAUAAAUUCUCUUGCAUACGAAGUGUGCGAACGAUGUAAAGGCUUGCCGGUCGCCAUAAAUGCACUUGGUGAAGCAUUGAAAGGUAAGCAAGAACACGCAUGGAAGACAGCACUCGAUAAGCUGGACAAGUACAUGCUCACAAAAAUUGAGGGCAUUAACCCAAGUGUAUUGGCCUCCUUGAGGGUGAGUUAUGAUAUGUUACAUUCCGUGGAUGCAAAAUCUUGUUUCUUGCUCUGUUGUUUGUUAGCUAAGGAUGCGGAGAUUCCUAUUGAUGAAUUGAUGAGACUCUGCGUUGCUAGGAAUUUGCUCGAUCAAAACCCAUGUACACUUGAUAAAGCAAGAAACGCCGUGCGCACAGUGGUUGAUACCCUAAAAUCAGCUUCUUUGUUGACAACCGGCGGCCAUGAAACUAUUGUCAAAAUUCAUGAUGUCAUAAGAGAUGUUGGUAUCUCAAUUGCACGCGAGGAAGAAGCAUUUCUGGUAGAUCACGGUGCCCUUCGAUGGCCGCGGAAUCCCACAAACGGGCCAUCGUACAAAGCAAUGUCAUUAAAUUUCAAAAAUAUUAAAGGGCUUCCCGACGGGUUGGUAUAUCCACAACUCCACACCUUAAUGGUUGACAAUACCAAACUUUCUGAUCUUGAAGUUCCCGACAAUUUUUUCAACGGGAUAACGCAACUUGUGGUGCUAACUUUUACUCGAAUGCGAAUGCGGCGACUCCCGUCAUCACUUGCGAAAUUGACAAACCUUCAGCUGCUAUAUCUGAAUAGAUGCAAGUUGGCAGAUAUUGCUAUAAUUAAGGACCUGAAGAGUAACCUUGAAGUGCUUAGCCUUCGGGGUUCUAGUAUUAAGGCGUUACCACCAGAGAUCGAACAGUUGACUAGUCUACGGUUGCUAGAUCUCCUAGAUUGUGACGAACUCAUGGUGAUUCCACGAGGUGUCAUAUCCAAUAUGACUAGCCUAGAGGAAGUGUACUUUCCAAAAGGAUUUGAGAAAUCGGAGGCCAAAAUAGAUGAGCAACAAGACACGAGCAGCAGAGACAAUUCGACCCUCGAGGAGCUAAGGGCGUCAUUGGCUAAUGUUCAAUUAACCACUUUACAUAUCCAUGUACCAAAUGUCGAGCCACUACCCAAGGAGGACCUAAAUAUUUGCUAACGUGAAGGGAUUUAGGAUAUCAGUGAGUUCCCCAUUUGAAUUUCUGG